AUGAAAGGAGAAAAAGAAGCAGCGGAUGAUAAACAUAUUCAGAGGUUGUAUUGUUCGAUUACGGAUCUUUCGUUGCCCAUCUUCGUUGAUAUUCUGCUAAGACUUCCUGUGAAGAUGAUUCUUCUUUGCAGGUGCGUUUCCAAAACUUGGCGUAGUCUAAUUUCGGACCCCCAAUUUGCCAAGCUGCACUUUUCAGGGCAAGAGGCAUGUGUUUUGCUUCGGACCUUGGGUUCAAAACGUGUGUCAAGAACGCUUUACUUGGUUGAGCCUGAAACUUGCCGCAAUUUUAAUCUCGGGUACUGCAGUUGUUAUGGUGACUAUUACACUCAUGAUUGCAUUAGAACUUGCCACAUGAAGCUUGACACCAAAUUGAAGAUCCCAUGGCGCAGUGAGGAACUGGCGCUCAAUGGUGAAGUUGGUGAUGCUCAAGGCAGUGGGUUUAAAAGGAAACGCUGCGUCAAAGUUAAACCCAAAGAUCAAAGAUUCAAAAUUGUGAAUUCAUGCCACGGUUUCCUUUGCUUGGCUGAGCCAACGUGUAAUGACCCUGUUGUUGUGUGUAAUCCAAUCACGGGUGAGUAUAUAAACGUUCCACGGGAUAAGAGGGCUAGUGAGAAAAAGAAAGAUUUUGUUGAUUGUGGGUUCGGUUUUAGUCCAAGGACUAAUCAAUACAAGGUGAUUAGAAUAUUUAAUGAAUGGGUUCAUGGUCGCAAGAGAGAAUUUAGGAUUACUGAGAUAUACACACUCGGCACAGGAUCAUGGAAAUGCAUUGAUGAUGGUCUCAGUUCAUCUUACAAGCUUGCGUUUCCCACCUAUCUAAAGGGAUUUCUUCAUUGGUUGUGUCUUGGAUUCCCAAGUUCUGAUUAUAUAGUUUCUUUCAGCUUUGACGAUGAGCAGUUCCAAUCGGUUCCACCACCUCCUCUUAAAAAUCAUGACGCCAACUGGGAUAGGUUGAGUAUGAUGCGUAAUAUCUCCAUGGGAGUACUGGAAGAUUGUCUAUGCAUAUGUGAAGCCUCCAAUUAUAUUAACAUAUGGGUUUUGAAGGAAUAUGGUGUCCCAGAAUCCUGGACAAAAAUGUUUUCUAUUGAUACCCUAACUGAUUAUAGGUGGCCUGUUGGUUUAUAUCAGCCAAUAAAGUACCUCGAAGAAGGAGCAGUAUUGAUGUUUCAUUAUUUUACAAGUUCUCUAAUCUGUUAUGACCCCAACGGACCAAAAUUUAAACAUCUUAAGACUUUUGGCAUUACAUCAAAAUUUGAUGCAAUUGCUCAUAUUCCAAGUUUCAUUCCACUAAAGGAAGCUGUUGUUGGAGAUAAUGUGGUGGUGCUGAAUAUCUAUUCAAGGCGUCUGGAAUUCAAAGUGCAUGGAGAGACUGAAGAUCUUUCACUAGUUGAAAAAGAUGAGGAUGGCAUCUGA